CUGAUGAUUGUAAUUUUGAGUUUGAUGUGAUCUCAGUUUGAGUUUAGUUAGUGGUCCUAAUAUGGUCUAAGUUUACUAGAAGUUUUUUUUUUAUUUACCUGCUUUCAUCUACACAAUAGGAUGGAACUUUUUGAACAAGGACUGCUUGAUGAACAUCAGAAAUUUGUGUUCAUUGAGAGGGCUACUGCUGCUGGGUCAUCCUUCUCACCUGCUGUUGUCAAGAUAUUAAAGGAUGUGCUUGCAUCUUUAAAUCUUUUAGAGUCUUCCAAGAGAUGCAACUAUGGUCUACAGGAAAUAGAUUUAUUGCUGCAGAAAUUAAUGCUCAAGUGCUACUUUACUUUGUCGUCAUCUGCUGGAAUUUUGUCCAAAAAUUCAGCUGAUUCUCAGUUGUCACCAACAUUAAAGGUAGAUGUUAUUGAAAACACUGAAAAGAUGCAUCUUUAUUUACAUGAUAUCUGUACCAUAGUGUGUCAUUGCAAAGAAUUGUUGGCAGAUCAAAAGUAUUUUCAUGAGUUAAGGGAUCAGUUCCUGUUACAAGUGGUCUCUUUCAUGCAGGAAUUAGGAAAGGAGGAAGACAAUUUCCUGGCAGUAGAGCGCAUCAGUUGGGUGAUUUCCUCUUGCCUCAAAGUUAUGACUUUUAAUUGUUCUGCAAGUGUUAGAGCAGCUGCCAGCCUUCAAAAUUUAAUUACUGUCUGUCUGGAGUACCUUGACAAAUGUGAAAAGCCACAGUUUCUAAAUCUGAUUCUAAACAGUUUUAUUGAGCCUUAUUUUCAGCAGUCAUCUUCUGAUCAGAUAUCUUCCUGUUUGAAUCUGCUGUGGUUGAAGUGCCUUUCUUCUUUUAGUUUUGAAAAUGGUGUCAUCAGACAAGAAAAGCCAUUUCCCUACAUGCUAUUGGUUUUUAUUGUAAAUAUUCUAUCUGAAAAAAGACCUCCCUGUCUACUUCUAAAUGAAGAUAAACUAUUACCUAUCAUUCAGAUGGGCUUGCACCAUAGUGACCCCCUGUCUCGGAAGCAAAGUCUUCAUGUGCUGAGAUCGUCUCUUUGGCUUGUGAAGAAUGGCAUGCUGCAAGAGAUUACUGACCCUGUAGUUCAGCUGGCCCAAAGUGAUAUCUGGGAAGACUAUUUCUUAUGUUAUGAAACGCUAGAAGAGAACCAAAUCCACUUCAUUCGCCCAGUAAUGACAAAGCUGAAUAAACUAUGGACUGCAUCAAAACUUGUGCCCUCACUAGCCAUUUGGAUAUUAGUUUUGUAUAAAAGACUUUUUGAUCAUGAAAGUUCUACUGUCUGCAUGUGGGGGAUCAAUCAUUUGUUGGAAGUAGUGCCUGAAAAAUGCAGUAGCAGUGCAUGGCUGCAAUUUAUUCCUACUCAUCUAAUGCCUGCCCUGCACAACUAUCAGUUAUUUCUCAAACAAUCUCCUCCUUAUGAAGAACCCUCUCUACAGAGACGCCUUCCAGCAUUUCUUUUGGUUGUCAUGAACACUCUUGAUGCAGACACUGCAAGCCUAUUGGUGAAGCAUUUAUUUUCUAAUCUCUUCCAUGAAUCAAACUGGGAAGAUGUUUCCUUGUACUACAUUGUUGCAUCUAUGAAAGCAUUGCCUGCUUCAGAUUCAAUGAGCUAUACUGAGAUUAAAGCUGUGUUGAACUCAGCUCAGGCUUGUUGGUCAUCUCAAGAACCCUUGUUGAGGGAAGCCACCAAAAAUAAUCUUCUUCAAAUUCUUUUAUCACAACUUUCCUGUUGCUGCCUAACGCUUCACCAGCUCUGUUGCUUAUAUAUUUCAGUUGACAUAGAAGGUUGUUAUUCAAAUGACACCUACACAUGGAAGUGCCUAAUAGAAAAGGCCUGUCAAUUAGAAAAUUUUGAACUUCAAGCAAUUUUUGAAGGGGAAUCAUCAGCUGAGCUCAAAGCUAUUUCAUUUGUUGUGUGCCUUCAAGUGGCUCUAAUGAAGAACUCACCACCAAUGAUAGAUAUGAACAUUGCUCAACUGAAACAAAUCUCUACUCUGUCUGACCAUUCAUUGUUAGAAGCUUUGAAAGCUCUGAAGGAAAUCCUACUAUUGAUCAACAGAGCUUCCAAUAUUUCUCAUCUCAAUCAAGAGGUUUACUUCAAAAUUCUUCAAAUUUAUCAAAAUUCUCUCAUUGAAAGAGAUUUUUUGAGUUUAGAAAAAUUUGGUUUGAAUGAAUGGAAUGAAUCACUAAUUCUCUGGAUAAGCCUUGUUGAGAAUAUUUCUGUACUUCAUCCAAAUCUGAUGCAAGAACAUCCUGGUACUGUCUGUCUAACUGCAUUGUUUCUGAAGUACAAGUGUCUCUUCAAUAAUUUUGACGUUAGUACUGAGCCAACCUAUUGUGAACAAGAUCACAUUAAUGUGCUCUACCUUGCAUUGAAGAUUCUCUACCCUCAUUUGAGUGAAGAUAAGGCAGUGGUGAUUCUGCAAGCUGCCAAUAAUUUACUGUUGAAACAUGCUUCAAAUUGGCUGGGAAGAAAGAUGCUCCACCCAAUUAACAGUGCUGAGAACAAUCCUCCUGAGACUCCCGAAUUCUCAAGAACCUCAAAGAUUAGGUUUCGGCAACAGUAUGAAAACCUAAGCCUUACAAUCUGGGACAGCUUGGCUAUGUUAUGUAAACAGGUGAGCUGUUCUACAGUUGCUGCCAAAGUUGUGUCACGCACCGAGUGCCGUAACGCGUGCCUGCGACUUGUGCUGGACUGGCUGCCUAUAGUGGGCAGGAGCUCUGUGAAAGCAGUCUGUGGCUUGGCAGAGACUCUUCCAUUAUUGGAUCUUGAAGAGGAAGACUGGCAGAGCCUGGUUCUAGCUCUACUAGCUUGCAGGUCUGAGCUGGCAUCUUGCAGUGACCAGAAUUCAGAUGUGCUUUCCUGUACCUUAACUGUUCUGCUCAAGCCAACAGCUCUCUCUCAAAAUGUUCUGUCAACAAUCGUCCAGGUAUUGCAACAACUGCUUGUACAAGCAGAAGGCACUCGCGGCAUUGCUUCAUUGCUGUCUUGCCGAGUGGCUAUUUUUAUAACCUCUGUUGACAUCUCUGCACUAUCGUUGGACUGGUCACCUUUGUUUGUAUCCAUCCUGGUGCCUCUUCUACUUUACGGUCCAAUUCCAGACAAAAAGUUGAAGGCCUUAAGGGUGGUUGCAAAUGAGAUUAUCUCCAAGAAAAAAAAUUCUUAUUCAAAGACAUCGACUAGCUCCGAUAGACCAGCAGUUCAAGGACUAUGGAGUCCGUAUCAUGAAGCUGCUGAGACUCGAUGCUGGGCGACACUCGUACUGUUGUCACUAGACCGGAGCAAUGCUGUACACCGCAUCCUUGCUGCUAAAGUCGUGUCGACUCUUUGCGAGCGCUUCUCUUCAGCGUCUGAGGGACGCAGAACACGUGACUUCGGUAACAGCCUUGCUCACCGCGUCAAGACUCGAGCUCUGCAGGCUCUUGCUGUUGUACUGCCUCUUAUGGGCGAGAAAGAAGAAAAAGAACUUCUUCAGUGGCUAUGCAGUAGCACGGUGCAGGAGCAACAGCAGCCCAGCGUGCGCUAUUUCCUAGAGUGGCUCAUGGCUCUUCUGGUCAUAAGAAAUCAUGGCCUAAGUAACUAUUUUUUGGAGUUGUGUCGUGAAGGCGUGGAGCAACGUCCAGGCUGUGUUGCGUCGUUCUUAGCUUCUUUAUCACUUCUUGCAUGUCACGUGUCUGACAAAGAACUCUUAGAGAAAUGCAUCACUUACGUUGUUCCAUGGUGCAUGGCACCACAGUACAACAGCCGACUGUAUGCUCAGCUCACCGUCAUCAAUAUCUGGAGACACUGUGAGAAAUUGCAGCUUUUGAGUCUGUUAGAUAAGUUCGCUGUACUGAAAAACGGGUUGGCUCUCUCAGAAAUCCACAUGGAUGAUUUUCUGUUCACAGUGUUUGAUGCAGUAGAGAACUUUACGUUGCAGACUAUUUACUAUGAAGUUCCUCGCCUUUCGCUUCUGUCAGAUGAUGAGUUUUUGACUGUUGAGGAAUUUUUUAACGCAGCUCUACUGUACAAAAUCUCGCUGAAGACAUCAUUGCCCUUCACAAGUGCUGCUGACGAGAGUUUGAAAGCCACGCAUGCUGCUGCAUGGGUCACGAAAGCUGCCAAAGUUGGCGGUGUAGAAAUCGUUUCCUCUGAGGUAUCGGACGUCUUGAGUGAUUCAAGAAGCGGAAACCAUCAAAUAGUGAACAUGCAGCGCAAAGUUGCGCCAUGGAGCUCGUUAGGAGGAAAACACCAGCAGCUCCAAGAUUCUGGCUUGGAUACAGGAGGAAGAAAGCAUGAAGUCAUCGUGGUGGGUUCACUGCUGAACAAAGCCACCAACUUGGGCGGCUUGUGUCGCACAUGUGAGGUCAUGGGGGCCAAACUCCUAACGCUGCCAUCUCUUGCUCUCUUACGGGACCAGGCUUUUGUGGGCCUUAGUCUCUCCGCUCAUAACUGGAUUCCUCUUGUUGAGGUGAAGACCAAUGAUGUGAAGACGUAUCUCCGCGACCAGAAGCUCGCUGGCUACACCAUCAUCGCCGUUGAACAGACCGCUCAUAGUGUGUCGCUCGCUAACUUCUCUUUCCCGGCUCGGUCUCUGCUGCUAUUGGGGAACGAACGCGAGGGUCUUCCAUGCAGUCUCCUGCAGGAGGUUGACGCCUGCAUCGAGAUCCCUCAGUUCGGGGUGACACGCUCCCUGAACGCCCACGUUGCUGGGUCUCUAUGCUUGUGGCAAUACGCCCAGCAACAUAACGGAUCUUCCUCAAACUUACAACGUAUCAAAAUAAAACUUCCCGAAUGAU